AUGCGCAGUACGUUCUUAGAUGGAUAUAAAAGGGGAAACGACAUUUAUUCAAAACAGUUUAAUACGAAAAAUACAAGUGAUUACAAUGAAUACUGUUACGUACAGGUACUGUUAUUAACAAUCCUUACGUUGGUGAUGUUAUUCACAUUGAUGAUGGUGGUGACAUCACAGGUGACGUUCAGUCGAGACUGGACUGGCGGCAAGCGGUCAGACACACACGUUGAUUGUGGGCAGUUCACAAAAUUGUGCAAACGGUUCAUUCACGAUCUAAGACAAUUUAUGUCAUCGAAGAAGUUUGGUAAACAUCGAAAGAUGACUGAAGAAGACGACUUUGCUGUUUCCUACGAUGACGAUAAAUAG